AUGGACGGCGGCAGCAGCAGCGACGGGGCGUUCACUACGUACUGGCAAGAGUCGAACUCCUCCGCCGCACAUCUCGAGCAUAUCAGCAACGCCCUCAACGCGACUCUCGACCCGCGAAUCUCGAACGACGUGCGACAACAAGCACUACAACACCUCGAAGCCGUCAAGAACCAACCUGACGCGCCCCAGUCGGGCUUUACGCUCGCAGAUGACUGGAAGCAGAACGAUGCGGUAAGGUACUAUGGCUUGCAACUUCUUGAGUUCGCCGUGCGCUACAAAUGGAAUGACUACACCUACGAUCAGACCGUGCAGCUACGAACAUGGGUCAAGUGUCUGGCUGGCAGCCUGCGAGAGCAAGAUGCGACUUUUAUCCGAAACAAAAUCGGGCAGCUGUGGGUUGAAGUAGCUAAGAGAUGCUGGGGAGGCGACGACUGGUCAGACAUGGACACUCUACUUGUGAAUCUCUGGGACAAGCCAAUGGAUCAAAAGGGCGUCGUCAACAAUCUUCUGGUUCUGGGCAUCCUGGAGGCACUGAGUGAGGACAUUAUCAACAACGAGGAUGCUGUGGCCGGUCUCCGCAUGGAUGUGCUCGGCCAUGCGCUCAACGAGAUCAUGAUUCCAGAAGGUCUCUAUGUCCAACAUGCACAGACAAGAGGAAACGUACAAGAAGUGCGAUACGGAAGCGAAGGCUGGCUCAACCGCGUAUGCGUGUUCUUCGCCAUGUGCGUCAAGGAAGCAAGAAUGGACGGGCAUCCAGAGCUCGUGAGAAGCAUGGAGACAUGUGCGAUCAAGGCACUGAACGCGCUAAGACCGACGGUGACAUGGAUCAGCUUGAAAGCUGCAGAAGAAGUCAACUGCAUUGAUUGCCUCUAUCUUCCAUUCCAUACAAGCAACGUGGCACUGCAGACCGCGGCAGUGGAAGUGCUGUAUGCGCUGAUCGGUCGUCAGUACAACCCGCACUUCAACGACGUGUGGAAGUCGCUACUACGUCAGGCACUCCGGCCAGACCGUGUUGCCAUGAUCCGGCAAGCCUUUGAGCGGACCCAAGCUGGUCCCGGCGAAGACGAGGAGAAGUACACGCUGCAAAAGAAGAUGUCGGAAGUCCUUUCAGUGCUUGCUGAUUCAUUAUCGCAACAUCCUAAGCUUGCAGAUGGUACAGUUGAUUUGCCUGCUUUCUUCGACCUACUUCUCUUAGUCACCCAGCACAAGAGUCUUACAACAUCAAUUCCUGUCCUUCAUAGCUGGACCAAAUUGCUGAGUGUGCAAGAAGAGAGGAUCGUCGACCUUGUACUUGCAGCUCUUCCCACACUGUUGCAAAUCUCCAGUGAACGCCUUGUGCGCUAUGAGGCAUUGCCCGAAGAUCUCGAGGAUGAUAUCAUGCAGUAUCUUGCGGAAGAUUUCGACACAGUUCCAGAACGUCAUGCGUUCCUGGGUAAUUAUCGCCGCUAUUGCACUACUAUCAUUCAGUCCAUUGCGAGAUACCGCCCAAUUGAAGCCGUGUCCAUUGUGCUACAAGACAUGCGCUCGAUGCUCGAGAAUGGACCCUACACAGGCGCUCGCGGGUUCGACAGCACGAAUUACACCAAGGCUUCAGUUCCAGUCCUGAAAUUCGACGCCCAAUACAACGUGGUCUCCGGAGCUCUAAAGGGAUAUUCGGCCUGGAUGUCAGAUGUACGCGACGUUGUGCCAGAGCAAGAACUGUACGCGAAAGUGCAGACGGACCAGCAAGAAGCCGCCGAAGCACUACAGCAAUGGUGCUACGGCAUGAUGAGCGUUCAUACCGAUGAUCCUGGUGUCGCUGAGCAGGUCUUGCAAACGUUCGUACUCGUGCUGCGAACAUUAAAGUCACCCACCAGCAACUUCGUGCUCAGCAUGGUACAACACAUCCUCACCAUGCGACUGUACGAUCAGCCUGCUCACACAUCCUACUCAGACUCGAUCAAGGCAUUUGAAGCGUUGCGCGUGUUUGAGUUGCAGAAAGUCGCGUUGGCCUUCCCGAACGCGCUGCUUGAAGUUUACAAUGAGCUAGAGCCUCGCGUGAACGUCCUUGCUCAGAAGCAUGCAGAUGACCCGCGCUUACUCUGGGGCUAUAAAGCAUUUUUGUUCAUGAUCCUUCAUCGAGCAAGCGGCAUUGACAACGACACGAGAAUGAGCAAGCUCCAAGAGAUGCUGCAACCCACCUACGAGGCGUGGGCAAAGCCCGGAUUAACCGGUCAAGUCAACAGCCUGCAAAGCUUUUGUGACACUGUGGGUAUGAACAACUUGCCAGAAUUCUACAGGGCGGAAGGCUUUGAUCGCAUUCAGGAAUGGUCUGCCCAGGAGCUUGACGAGGCUGGCAAAGCGCUGCAAUGGGAGAUCAAGGAGAAGGCAGACCACUUGCCAUUGCGCAUGACCAAAUCGAUGCUCUCUGCUACUACGGAAAAGCUUAGGAGCGCGACAGACGAGUACGACAAUGCAAGUGCGCUCUGGGGCGGCCUUAUCCCGGUGAUACUUCCGAAUCUGCUACAGAUGAUCCGUCAUGCAGUCGCGUUUCACAACCUGGCCAAUUGGUCUCAUUUGCCCGAUGAGCUUCAGAUGGUAGUAAGAAGAACACUGCAGGAUCGAUUCUGGCAGUCAGGUAUUUCGAACGAGAGCAAGGAGGAGUUCUACGCUCGAAUCUCAGGCUCCAAAACAUCGUAUGAAGGCUUCGCCAGUACUAUCCGAGGCACUGUACGCAAUGUCAGAGAGCAAGGAUACCACCUCCUGUACCUCAUGACCAAGUUCGAUGAGCAAUUCUACGGCCUUCCGCAGCUCGCUGAGCCACUGGCUGAUGCUCUCUUUGCCGAUGCAGGCAGCUUGAGUGCCAACCACUUGCAUCCGAUCAUCAACCUGACCACAGGCUUGGUGCAACGCUGUCCGCCGCAUUACCGCACUCAAUUUCUUCCGCCUAUCCUGCAGCAGCUCUUCAUCAAGCUUGAUGCCAAGAUCAGUGCGGAAUGGGAAUCUAUAGGUGCGGCAGCGGAUCGUAGCCAACAGGAAAUGGACGAGUUGAGUGAUGAGAUGCGCACAGAAAGCGUUCUGCGACAACUGACGUACGCAAUGGUCUCUUUUGUGCCCUUCCUUCUAGAAUACGAUCGGCAAGCUGGGGUUCCUCAUACUAAUGGGAACGGCGCGCAUUCCCCUGCGAAAACCUCGCUGAGCGAUCUUGUCCUCUCUGACGCAUCUGUCUUGGAGCCAUUGAUGCUCUUCUGCACGCACGCUCUUCGCAUGAGAGAUUCGCGCUGCUGUUCCACCAUCUGCAAAGUCUUCCGCGGCAUUGUGCCAAUGUUCGCCACUACCACUGGAACCGCCACCAUCUCCGCCGAAACAGCCCACCAAGUGCGCGAGUUCAUCUCCGACGAGGUCCUCAAAGCGUGCAUCACGUCCCUGAACGAACCCUACUUCGCCGAUCUCCAAAAGGAUCUCGCGGCUCUGAUCUCCCAGAUCAUCCUCCUCUACAGUUCCAAGACCACUACUCCGCGCUCAAUUCUCCUCAGCCUGCCAGACAUGCCCGAAGUCAAAGUAGACAAGGCCAUCCAUCGCGUCUGCAAGACACAGAAUGAGCGUCAGCAGAGAGCUUUGGUCUUGGAAUUGCUGGAGGGUGUGAGAGGUGUGAGUAUCUACGAGCAAGGCAAGGUGAACAGAGGAAAAGCUGCAGGUGGUGCGCCUAAGAAGAAGAUGGCGACUCAGAUGCAGUAUAUGGAAGUUGAGCAGCGGCCACAGAUCGCUCAAGGAGAGGAAGAAGGACUGGAGAGCGUGGCGGGAUUGUUUGGAGGCGAAUAG